AUGCAGUGAUGCUGCAACAAUCCAUUCAAAGACACAAGAUGAGUAUAUGUUUUUAGAUGGGAACAGUCUCACAACUGCUAAUUUGGUUGUGUUGGGAAAAGGCCUUCAUAAGAUUAAGCUGAGUGCUGAAGCAGAGGAGCGUGUGAUCAGAGCUAAUGAUGUUAUUGACAAGAUCAUAUCUAGAAAACAAGUCGUUUAUGGAGUUAAUACAGGGUUUGGGAAGUUUGCACAGACUGCUGUGGGGAGCGAUCAACUCAAGGAGCUGCAGGAAAACCUUGUCCGCUCCACAAGUGCUGGGGUCGGACCACCACUGAGUCCAAAGAGAACCCGGAUGCUUCUUGCACUUAGAAUUAAUGUCUUAGCUAAAGGUUAUAGUGGCAUUUCCUUGGAGACUCUCCAUAAAAUGGUUGCAGCUUUUAAUGCCUCAUGUCUCUCCUGGGUUCCUGAGCAAGGGACAGUGGGGGCAAGUGGAGACCUGGCCCCUCUAGCUCACCUGGCACUGGGGCUGAUGGGAGAGGGACGCAUGUGGUCACCACAGACCGGCUGGACUGACGCCACAACUGUACUAGAAGGCCAUGGUCUGACCCCAAUAUCACUGAAACCCAAAGAGGGACUUUCUCUGAUUAACGGGACUCAGAUGAUAUCAUCGCUGGGUGCUGAGGCAGUAGAGAGAGCAGAAGCGAUCACCCGACAGGCUGAUGUCAUCGCUGCUCUCACUUUAGAGACCCUGAAGGGAACCAACAAAGCCUUUGACACUGAUGUCCACGCCGUGCGGCCUCACCCGGGUCAGAUUUUAGUCGCCCAGAGACUUCGCUCCCUCCUUCAUUCUGAUAUCUUUCCAUCAGAAAUAACAGAUGAAAAGUCCUAUAAAGGUGUUCAAGAUGCAUAUACCCUGCGAUGCUGCCCUCAGGUGCAUGGAGUAGCCAAUGACACGGUUGCUUUUGUAAAGAAUAUUCUUAACACUGAGCUCAACAGUGCCACGGAUAAUCCUCUGGUUUUCCCAGAGCGAGGGAUCACUAUAUCAGGAGGAAAUUUCCAUGGAGAAUAUCCUGCUAAGGCUCUGGACUUCCUGGCUAUAGGAGUGCACGAGCUGGCCAGUAUUAGUGAGCGGCGCAUCGAGAGGCUCUGUAAUCCCUCACUCAGUAAUCUCCCAGCCUUCCUGGUGAAAGAGGGAGGUUUAAACACAGGCUUCAUGGUGGUUCACUGCACUGCUGCUGCCCUCGUAUCAGAGAACAAGGUGCUGUGUCACCCGGCCUCUGUGGACUCUCUGUCCACUAGUGCAGCUACAGAGGACCAUGUCUCUAUGGGUGGCUGGGCAGCCAGAAAGGCCCUGAAGGUGGUCGAGCAUGUGGAGCAGGUCCUUGCCAUAGAGUUACUCGCUGCCUGCCAGGCUCUGGAGUUCCACCGACCUUUAAAGACCACGGCACCUCUGGAGAAGGUCUAUGAGCUCGUGCGCUCUGUAGUCAGGCCCUGGGAUAAAGACCGGGUUAUGAGCUUUGAUAUUGAAGCAGCUCACCAGCUCCUCGUAGAGGAAAAGGUGUGGGAGGCAGUGGUGCCACAUAUGGAGCAGUACAACAACAAUGAGCACCAACAUCUCUCUUUUUCUACAUUCACCUGAAUUGCUUUUGUAUUAAAAGAAUCAGAGGAAAUUUGAUCUUGGAAUUAUAUACAUCAUAUAUAAUCAUAUUUUUAAGCAUCUUUCCCCCCCUUUUUUUCACAUUGAUCAAAAAUUAGGAUGAUCUUUCUAGGAGUUUCUAAACUCAUAGGAUAAUGUAAAUCCCUAAAUUAAUGCCAUUUAAAAAACAACCAAAUGUGACUUUAUAAUAACACAUAAUAAGUAGUAUUUGAACUUGUGCAGUAUAUGCUUUGCAUUUGAUUUUUUUAUUUUAGGUUUUGAAUAGAUAGAGUAGUGUUUUAACUGGUAAGCGGUUUUGGUAAGUAGUUUCUCUUACCAGUUGAAAAAUAAAUGCAAUGUCUGCUUUACAUAUCAUAUUUUUUUUGGGUGCCAUUAAUUGUGGCAAUUCAUUUUAAUUUGUGAAAUAAAUACAUUUCAUCAAAUGCAAGGACCAAUUCUUUUGGAAAUUUCUGAGGAAGAAGCUCUAGUAUGGUGUGCUCCUGUGUCACACGAGUGGUGGAAUGAUGUUUAAGGCCCAGUCCGAUUAUUUCAGAA